AUGGGCCUUAGCCCACCCAGCCGGCCCAACGUCUCAGCCAGCCCACCUACCCCAUCGGUCGCCUUCGCCUACUGUUCUCCUGGCGCGACCGCUAGAGGGACACGUACCUGUCGGACCAGCUCGCCGGCGCCGCCCCGAGGGGAUAAGGGCGCCGUCCCCUCGACGCCUCGAGCCCUCCCGUCCACUCACCGCUCCCCACUUGCGCCCCCUCGCUCUCUCUCUUGCCCACGCACUCGUCACCUCCUCCAGAUCCAUCGCCGAGCGCGGUCGUUGCCGCUCGCCUCACUCUGCCAUGGCCAGCAGGCACAUCUCGCCUCGCCGUUGCGUCCACAAAGACCGCCGUCGUCCGCUGCGUCUACUACGGAGACGAAACGAUCUGGAACCCCUUCCAUCGUCGAGCCGGCCCUCUGCUUCCACCUCCGGCCACCGAAGGCCGCCGCCGUCGUUCUGCUGCACCGAGCCUCCCCUGAGCCCGCUCAUGCACAUCUGCAGGUCCGCGACCCCGUGGCGGCUGCCGAUGCCGCUGUAAUCGACUACGUCACCGACGACCCCUCCAUCUUGUCUGAGCAACCAGAUGGUGGAGUCCAGGAGCCAGAUGCCACCUUUGACGACUGCUACUACACCGAGGGCGUCUACUACCACAUGACGGAGACCGCCGAUGACCAGGAGUAGUUAGGAGGCUCCCAGGCAGGAGGCCUUGCCUUUUCGAUCAUAGAUGCUUUUGUGCUAGCCUUCUUAAGGCAAACUUGUCUAACUUACGUCUGCACUCAGAUAUUGUUGCUUUCGCUGACUCUUGUGUUUUCGAGCUUAUGUAUUCGAGCCCUCGAGGCCCCUGGCUUGUAAUAUAAAGCUUGUAUUUUUUUAAUUUGUG